AUGGCCGACCCCCUUUCCCUAGCGGCAAGCAUUGCCGGUCUUGUUUCUCUCUCUGGAGCCGUCUUCCAACAAGUCUCCAAGUUCAUCAAGGAGGUAAAGGGCGCCGAGAAGCAAGUCCGAGAUCUUGCGCUACAGGCCCGGAAUCUUUCGGGCGUGCUUCAGAACCUUUCUCUACUAGCUUCGUCGCUCGAGGACGAGAACAGCAAGACGACCUUCAAGGCCCAUCACCUCUUCGCUUGCAGCCAAACGCUAUUCGACAUCGAGAUCAAAUUGAAGAAUGCCCAGGAUGACUUUGACAAGGGAAGCAAGGCAAAGUCUCUGUUGCGCAGCUUUAGGUGGCCAUUCUCAACGGAAGAAACCAAGUCACUGGCGUCGGACUUGGCCAACCACUGCAACACUCUGGAUUUGGCGCUCUCCGCCGAGACCCUCGAACGAUUGCUGCAGUGCCUCGCGAGCCAAGAUGAGAUCAAGAGUGGCAUCAAGUCUUUGACGCAGGCUAUUGAGAGGAUCUACACGAUCCAGACUCGAGUCGAGAUGAACAAAAGCCGUCAGGAGAUUGUCCAGUUCUUCCUGCGUGUCAAUCCGCAAUUCAACUACCAAACGGCGAUGCGGCUGCGUCAACCGUUAUCGGGACUCUGGCUCACAGAGAGCGAUGCCACAUUUCGGAAAUGGCGCGAGACACCGCAUUCAGCCCUUUGGUUGAGCGGUAUUCCGGGGGCUGGAAAGACAAUCCUCUGCGGAGUUGCGAUUGAGGACGUUCUCCAGCUGAGCAGUGCCAGCACCGCUGUGGCCUUCUUCUUUUGCGACUACAAGAGCCCAGCUAGCCAACAGCUUGUCAACAUUCUAUGUUCUAUCGCAGUCCAGUUGGCACAGCAAAAUCCCACAGCAUUUGAUAUCCUUGAGAGAUACUUCAAAUUGCUGAAUCCGAAUAAUGGUUUACAGCAACAGCCUGAGGUUGAUGCUCUACACGACGUCAUCUCGCAACUCACUUCAAAGUAUGAGCAAGUCUUUCUUGUCAUCGAUGGUCUCGAUGAAUGCGGAAACAAUGUCGAACAAGUUGCUCCGGCCAUCACAAAGGUUUUCGAGGACUGUCCGUCUGUGAGCCUUGCGGUCUUCAGCCGCAACGAAUUCGAGAUCCGGGAGGAGCUCGAAGCAUAUUGCUCGCAUGUCGAAAUCGCGGCACACAGAGAAGACCUUGAACUUUACGUCCGCGCAGAGAUGAGCAAACGCAGACAGCUCAAAAGGCUCGAGGUGCAGAACCCAGCACUUUCAGAGGAGAUCAGGGUCAAAUUGAUUGAUGGUGCACAAGGAAUGUUUCGCUGGAUGACUUGUCAACUGGACUACCUAUGCGACCUGAACACCAACCGCGCACGUCGAGAAGCCCUUCAAAGUCUACCGCCGACGCUUGAGGAGACGUAUCACAGAAUUCUUCAACGCGUCAUUCAGGCUGGUCCUCAAGCUUCACAACUUGUGCAGAAGACUCUGCACUGGACGGCUCUAGGCGCUGAGCUCACCUUAGCCCAGCUUCAAGAGGGUGUUUCCAUUCCUGAAGAAGACCUUGAAGAGACCAAUGAUGAUUUUGGAGAAGACGACCUGAUCGAGACCGACGAGAUAUUCAGAAGGUGUAGCAGCCUCGUCCGAAAGGCGCAGAUGGUCGGCGCAGCCGGCCAACCGAUAGACACGCUGGAGUUCGCGCACUUUACCGUCGAAGAAUAUCUCGUCGGCAUCGACUCCAGCUCCGAUGUCGCUACGUUCAAGUUCCAACACAAGAAGGCGAUCGAACAGCUGUCGAAGACGUGCAUGCACUCUAUAUUCAUUGCGGGAGGAAAGUUUAAGCAACCUUUCUCCACAGAACACACGAGGGAGCGCCUGGACCAUCUCAUGGACACUUUCCGGGUCCAUCCAUUUUAUUUCUACUCGACCGCGUUCCUCAGCGGCUCUUUACAAGACCUGCGCUCACCACAGACCAACAUGAAGUCCUUCAUCACUUUUGCGCUCGCCGCACUCGCAGCCUCGAGCCCAAUCCCUCCCGCCAGCUACGAACAACCAGAAAUCGCAAGCUCGCUCGAAAUCCGCGCGACUGGACCGACAGCAAAAGAAUUCACCACGGGCGGCUGCCGUGAUGUCAUUUUCAUCUUUGCUCGCGGCUCCACAGAAGUUGGCAACAUGGGCUCGACCGUUGGUCCCCCGACUUCAGACGGAUUAAAGAAAUGCUACGGGGAUAACAGGGUCGCCACGGAGGGUGUCGAUUAUGCGGCAGGGCUGACCACCAACUUCCUGCCUGGCGGAGCCGAUCCGGAGGGGGUCACAGCCAUGAAGAAGCUUCUCAAUGAUGCCACCUCCAAGUGCCCCAAUGCAAAGAUCGUGGCUGGGGGCUACAGUCAAGGGGCGGCUGUCGCGCAUCGGUCCAUCGAGAGUCUGUCGGACACAGUUAAGAAUAGAAUUCUUGGUGUCAUCACGUACGGCGAUACGCAAAAUACGCAGGACAAGCAACAAAUUCCGAACUUUCCCAAGGACAAGGUCAAGAUCAUCUGCAAUGACGGCGAUGACGUCUGCAAAGGCACACUGGAGGUUGAGCCUGCCCAUCUCGACUAUGUGAAGCGAGUGCCCGAAGCUGUCGAGUUCCUGAUUGGGAAGAUUGGCAACAUCUGA